AUGAGCGAGGAAACUCAAAAUACUCUCCAAGAAGAAGAGGAGAACGGAGAUGACUCGAUUUUCAUCGAAAAUCCGUCGACCUCGCCGUACGAUCUUGUUCUCCAGCAAAACGGAACAGCCCUUCCUGGCGUUCCAACGCCCUGGGAGUCACAGUCAUUCGAUUAUCCGACGGAACCAACUCCAAUUGGAAGAAUCAUGAGAGCCAUUUCCAGCGUUCAAGACAAGUGCACAGCAAUGCCCCGUAAUAUCAUCCUAAAGGGGCUCGUCACUAUCGCCUCUAGCUUUUUGAAGACGAAAAUCAGUGGAAGCCUCAAGGAAGCCUUUUUCGUCUUCUCAAUAGUCAUCAACCUCAUUCUCAUCGCCAUCGCAGCCUAUUUGAUUGCGACGCUAGAAUUGUCAAUCGACAAAAAUUUCAUUCUUCAAUCUUCAAAUAUAUUCACAUGCCUCAUUUUGCUCUUCUUCCUGACAGAAUUUCCUCAAAACAUCCGUCCACUAAACAUCAUCAAUUUACUUUUACUCAAUCUCGUCGCUGCGAUUUUCUUCCAAAGACAUAUCACGGGAAAGAUGAUCAUCAAAAGUCUCAGCUGGGUUCUCGAAAAGAUCAUUAGCUACGCUGAUUCCGGAAGCUUGUGGAUUUAUGGUGGAAUGGAGGGCGAUGCAUCGAGCUUUUGUGCUCCGUUUUUUCAACGCACAUUUUGGUAA